AUGGUACUCUAGUAUUAUCUUUUUAAAAGAAAUAUUGCCUUUUUUAUAAAUUACACUUAAUUAAGAAUUGUUAAACUUUAAACAUUCGUUAAUAUCACUUUAAUCAAAGAAAAAUUUUUAUAAUUAAUUUUUAUGUUAGCCAGAAAUAAAUCAUUACAUCUAGCUUAAAGUAAUUCUGCUUUAAAUUCAUUUAAAAAUGAUCAAUUUGAUCAAGAAUUAUGGGGUAGAUUUAUUGAUAGUAAAGAAAUACUUUUUUAUUUUCUAAGUUUGUUAAAGAUUACUCACAACUAUUAAAAAUGA